AUAUUUCCUACUGAGGCGAAAGGAAAAUCUUCACCUCCCGUUCGCAGCGGUUUCAUUGUUUAGGCCCGCCCUCCAGCUGGCACUGUAUGAAGUUACUUUUGGCACGACGCAAAUUCACAACACGUCCCGGAACAAGUCCGACAAACGUGUACUAUCGCGUGCCUUGUGCAAUACAGUGUUUCUUUUAACCGUUGGACUUCUCUUCUAAAAGUGAACAACGUAUUUUAACGGUCAGUGACCCAACAUGUCGUAUAAAAAUGUAAUGGUUCGUCGAUUUCAAGAAUAAACACAAUUACGGACUAACCAAUGGAUGCUGGUAAUGCAGUUAUGCUGUAUAUUCAAGAAAGAAAUGCAAUUUAGUACUAGAGCAGCUGACAACCCAGAGAAUUUAAAAAUGGCUCAAGAGAUUGUGCAGUUUGCAAAAGAAAAUAUUAGCUUCGAUGCAGAGAUGAACCCUCUAAAUUAUGCAAUCGCGAGUGGAGAUAUUAAGAAUAUAGUGGAAGCUGUUUCAGAUGCUAAAAAGAUUUCAGCUGAUAAGCUAAAAGACAAAGGAUAUCCAGAAUUCUGCCGAUACCUCCUCAAAGAAGCAGGGUUACUGAGAGAUGGAAACUAAAAAUAUUUUAUAUUAUAUAUGAAUAUAAAAAUGCUAUUAUGAACUGUUAAAACAGGGCUCCAGAAAUACAACUUAAAGCUUCAAGCCACUUAAAAUAUAUCUGCCCAGAAUUUUAUAGUAUUCUUUUAUACAAAUAUUUUUACAGGAACAUUUUAAAAAUUCACCAUUUAGCUUUUGGUUAACAUUUAUCUAUUUAUUGUAUAAUAAAAUUAACAGUCAUUAAUAUGCAUAUGUAUAUCACUUGAUUAUUUACUACUAUCAGAAUGAAACUAAAAAUAUACCCAAUUUUGCUAUAUGUUCACUUACCUCUGUUAUGUAAACAAACAUAUUUCUGAAGCCCUGGGUGAAUGUAUAAUAAAGGUAUAUGUUCCUGGUAUGUUACUUAAUUAUACAUGGAAUAAGGGUAUGGUAUUUAAAUUAAUUUAUAAUUUCACACAGUCAUACAUAUUGUAAUGGAUAUCUGCAUACAGCACUCUAAAACAAGACAUAUUUGUUUACCAAAUCUGAAGGUAUUUAAAAACCUAUGAAAUUAUGUUCAUGGAUUGAACCAAGUACUAUCUGGUAGCAGAGCAUGAAGAUUCAAAACCACUUAUGCCAAAGUUCCACCUGAACAUGAUACUGAGCCAGUUGCAUCCAUCUCCUAUCCUCAUACUACUUCCUAGGAUCCAUUCUAAUGUAAUCCUCCCAUCCUGCUGUUCUUUCAAGCAAGUCAUUUCCAAAAGGUUUCCCAAACAGAAUUUGUAUUUUGUUUGUCUCCAUCACCCACUGUUCAAGUUACAUGUCAAGCCCGAUGUGGUCUCCCCUAGGUGACUGGUAUAAUUUCCAGACUUCCCUGUCAUGUAAUCCCCCCAUUUCCUAUUUAUUCCAUCUCUCUUAAGUUGAAAGAUUUUCCUGGGAACCUUCUUUUUAACAGCAUUAAUUUUGUACUUCAGUCAGUGUUGUAGAAUGUGAUUUAUGCCCUUUCUGAACACACUGUACAGAAAUCAAUUCUGUGCUCAGACAAAUUCAGAAUUUUACAGCUUGUUGUAAACAUGAAUGUAAAAUCAACAGUAUUUAAUUUUUGGGAUUCACAAACAAAAGCUGUGAAACAGGCACAUACUGAAUAUGUAAAACUAAUUCGCUUUCUCCUUGGUGCAGAAUUUUCUUUCAAAAUGUUAAUAGUUAUUGAUAGUUUUGAUAGUUAUUUAUUGUUACAGAACGUGAAUAUUCAUUAUGGUAUUCAUAUCACGACUUUCAACUAAACACUGCAUGUCUAAGUUGACUAACAAAUUUCUGGGUAAGUUGUUCCUGGAAAAGACAGUAGUUAUUCAUCUCGUCAAGAAAUUUCCUUCUUUUAAUGAAUAAGAAGAUUCAGUAUUAUUUUCAUAGAAGUCUGCUUUGGACCCUAAUUCUGAGUCACCCCAACCCUUUCCUGCCUUCACACUCUUUCUUGAAGAUCCAUUUUAAUAUUAUACUCCAAUCUGUGCCUCUUCUACCAUGUGAUCAACAGGAAACAAAUUAUGCUACUCUCAGAAAUCAGGGAUAUACAUAUACCUCUUUGACAGAGCACUGUGUCAUCUGAAUGCACACAGUGGUUGCAUGCAUAUGCAAGGCCUACAAGGCCUGCACAGAAACACCUGCAGCCUCAGCAGUCUCAGGCCUAGAGCAAAUACGAGUAGCGUGGAUAACUACUUGCAGUUUAAAGACACUCUGCUAUGCUUUUUCUUUGCAACUAACUGUGUAUUUUGCAAAAUCAAGAGACAGGAACAUAAAACCUGUUGCAAUAUUGCCUUUGAUCAAAUAAAGUCACAUCAAGAAAUAAUCAUGCUCUCACUGUAUCACUGAACUUCAUUCACUGGGCUAUGAAAAUGCAUUUUUGUUGUUUUCCUCUUGUUUUGUCUUAAAGUUACAUUAUUUUAGGAAAAUCAUGUGAAAAUAAUAAGCAGUAAGGGUUAAAAUCCAAUUUCAUGUUUGACAGUUACCACAUUCUGAGCAAUUCUCCCACCCUGCUCAUCAAAAAGGAAUGCACAUUCGCAGAUCUUGGAAAAGGAAGAUCUGGCUGUCAGUUUUGGAGCACGGUUUCAGCUGUAUAUGAAAUGCUUAAACAAUUUUUGCUCCAUAAUUCCCAACUUCUUCAGUCCCAGAAUUAAGAAAAGACUGUCCAAAUGAAUAAUGCUGAGUGACAGUUAAUUCCACAUGGCAGGAUGUUCAAGCUGUGAACAAGGAGGUAAUACUUCCCCAGAGAAUGUCAGGCGAUGGACAGAUAAACUGUCAAAUGUUCUGUUCAGCUCAACAGCCAGGCAGAAGUUUCAUGACUAUCUUGAAUCAAGGGAGUUGGAACACGGGCAGAGGCUACUGGAAUUCUGGGAGAAAUGUGACACAUUCUUGAUUCAAGCAGAGAAAUCAGAGCACCAUAAGCAGGGAUGGAGACUAAGGAGUCCUGAGAAAAAAGCAAGACCGAUGGCAAAAAUUAUUAUCUGCUUUAUAUUUCCUAGAUCCCCAACAGGGAGUGGAACAACUCGUCAAAGACAUCAAAAAACAACAAUGAAACAAGAGGCACAGUUAAUUGUACAGUUUGCAGGUUCUGAGAUUAACUUCGACUCAGCACAGAUGCAAGCUUUAUACACUGCAGUUGAGAGUGGAGAGAGAGGGGCAAUAGUGAAGGCUAUAAUAGAAGCCAAACAAACUGCAGCAGAAAUGCUGGAAGAUGAAGGAUAUCAUGAGUUCUGUCAAUACCUGCUUAAGAAACAAGGAUUACUGGAAGACAGAAAGUGAAAACUUUUGUGCACGUCACAAAAUUGAGAAUCCAGAUAUGUGAUGAGUGACUUGAUGUUACAGUAACCAGUACAAGUAAGUGCCUGGAAGUGACUGAUUCUGUUGAAAUGAGAAUGUACAGCUUAGCUCUUGUUUUUGUGAAAAUUUGUAGAUCUUCAUUUGUUACAGUGACAGUAUAAGUCCUGUUUUCUAUACAGAGCAUUUAAAAAAAUGUAGUAAGAGAUUUUAAAAAAUACAAGGUAGAUAACAUAGUAUUUAUAAUAUUGUGAUGCAAUUCCCUAUAAGUCAGAUAUUUCAGAGGAACAUUCUGCCUCCAUCUUCAGGGUCAGAAAGUAAGACACACAAUAAAGCAGUAAAAAGCAGGCUGCUAGCAGAGAGCUGUAUGGUGGAAACCAUCAUAUUCCUCUAAAAUGUAGCAUCACUGUAAGAACCUCAUACACAACAUGUGACAAUAUUUAUAAUACUGUAUUCAUUGUAAAUACCCAUGGAGUACAGGUGUAUAAUAAUUACACUAUUAUAUGCAGUACUAAUAUCACCCAACUACAGUAAACCGUCACUGAUCUGAUUACAGUUAAUCUGGAUCGAAGUAUGAAAAUGCUGUUCACAGCUAAGUACAUACUUAAAAACAUAUAUAUGGAAUUUAGGAAAACAGAUGAAUCACUUGUCUGUUCAAACAAAACUUCAGUUUCUGCAAACCUGCACUAUUACAUUCAGAAACAAAUAUAAUUUCUGAGUCUUCUAUCAAUGAAUGAAUGUACUGUCUUAUAGUUUUUAAAUAAAUGCUCUA